AUGCCAGGAAAGAGACGGCGAACAGAGGACGUUGCUGCGGCCCCUCCGUCUGCAGGCGCUCCUGCUUCUAGUGGAAAGCCAUUGAGUGCCAUCGCAGCAGCUAGACUGCGAGCAGAAGCAGCUGUAACAAGUCUCGCGGUGCCGCAAGCCGUGCCCGAGCUGGGUCCCGUGCCGGAGCCUGUGACUUCUCUGCCGCAGAGUCCAAUCAUUGAGCAUGAAGAGUCGGAACAGGAAGACGAACCUCUGCCACUUCAGCAAAACGUGAAGCUAUGCACUUGGCGAAAUGAAGCCCAAAACAUUAUAUCUGACACGCCCAAGGAGCUGACUGUCAAGCUGAGCAAGCAUACAACCAUCUCGCUUGUCGGCUGCUUUCAGUUCAGGGUCUUGAGAGGCGCAAUCCAUGUCAACGGCGCCAAUAUUGGAGCCGUGUCCCGCGAUGGGCAGCAAGACCAGAUCUAUACUGCACAUGUACCGGCAACACACCCCAUCUCCAAGUUCAGAGGCCUGGAUGGAAUGAACCAUGUGCAAUUCUUGCAUUGUGCCAACUCUACGCCGCUCGCAGAGACCGCUUCACUGUUUGCCGACGUCUGGAACGUGCCCACAGGAGCCAGAGGCUCGCGUUCCUUCCGUGUUACUCGGAUGCUGAUCCGCUCGCUCGACCUCUUAUUUCUGAAUCAUGUCCCGAAGACUGGCUUCGCGCUGUCGAGGAAUGUGCAGCUGAUCCCUCUGUUGUCGUCGCUGUUGGCCAAGGCAAAGCAGCUCGAUCCCUACCAGCUGUAUGCUAUCUAG